AUUGGUCGUCGCAACAAAAACAACAGCACGAAUUGCCGCGAUUCAUCGGAAGGGGAGAGUGCGUCUGCUUGCGUCUAUUUGUUUCGUUCUUUGAAUUUUCGCAUCAUUUGUUUUUUGUUUUCAAACAAAAGCAUUAAGGAAGAAAUUUUCCAUUCAAAAACAUUUUCAUCUUCUCAUAAUGUCGGCCAAACGUAAAGCUGGUGGUAAUGGCAAUGGACCAACCAAAAGACGUCCAAAGAAAAAAGAAUCCGACUAUGAGGAUGAAGUAAGUGAUGAGUCCGAUGCUGAGGGUCAGUCUUCAUCGAAUCAUGUUGAAGUUUUGAUACCGAACGAUGAUCUGAAUCCACCAUCAAAGUUGCCGGAUGAUUUACUAGCAUCCAUGGAAAAGACUCCAGGUCAAAUGCUAAUAGCCGGUAUGGUUACCUGGGAUUUGACCGGCAAAAGAGAUCGCAAAAAUGUCGUCAAAGUUCGUCCAAAUCUCUACAGUUUUCAUCGUUUCACGGAUGAGAAGUAUCGUUUCAUUGCCAGCAGUUGUUCGGCUGCCCAUACAAUUCUCAUUAAUAUGGAUCGCAAAGCUAUGGCAUUUGGUCGUAAUCCUUCGGGACAGCUGGGUUUACCAGACACGAAAUUGUGCGAAAAGCCAACUAUUAUCCCAGCAUUGGAAAACAUAAAUGUAGUUCAGGCCGCUGUUGGACGUCAUCAUUCGCUUUUCCUUACCGAUACGGGACGUGUAUUUGCUUGCGGCGACAAUAAGUCGGGACAGUGUGGCAUUGGCAAUACAACGCCAACAGUGGCCACACCGACCCUAAUCAAUUAUAGUGGUCCACCCAUUAUACGUAUUGGAUGCGGCGCUGAAUUUUCCGUGAUAUUGGAUAUCAAGGGAAAUUUACACACCUUUGGCUUGCCAGAGUAUGGCCAGUUGGGCCAUAACACCGAUGCCAAGUACUUUGUAAAUGCCAAUAAAUUGUCAUUCCAUUUUGAAACAUCUCCCAAGAAGAUAGUUUUGUAUAUUGAGAAGAGCAAGGAGGGCCAUGUUACACCAGUGGAUAAUGUGCAGAUUGUUGAUUUUGCCUGUGGAAAUAAUCAUACGGUGGCCAUUGAUUCCAAAAAACGUGUUUAUAGCUGGGGCUUUGGUGGCUUUGGACGUUUGGGCCAUGCCGAGCCAAAGGAUGAAAUGGUACCACGUUUAAUCAAAUUCUUUGAUAUCCAAGGUCGUGGUGGUCGCAGUGUAUAUUGUGGCGCCACCUACAGUCUGAUUGUAAAUGAGUUGGGUGUUCUGUUCUUAUUUGGGCAAAACAAGAAAACUGGCGAAGCCAAUAUGUAUCCAAAACCAGUACAAGAUUUAUCGGGUUGGAAUAUCACAGCCGUUGGCUGCUCAAAUACCUCAAUUGUUAUAUCAGCCGAUGAUACCCUCAUUGCAUGGGGCGCUUCUCCCACCUAUGGUGAGCUGGGAAUCGGUGAGUUCCAGAAGUCUUCCACAGUUCCUAAGGAAGUGCCGAAAAUGGAUAGCAUGAAAAUACCUCAAGUAACCAUGGGUUACUCGCAUACCGUUCUGCUCGUGGACACCGACCACGAAGGAACCAAAGCGAAAUUUGACAAGUUGCCGGAAUACACUAUCGAUGACUAGUGCCGGGAAAGACUUAAGCGGAAAUCAUUGCGCGAUGAAAGCAAUCUUCAUAUAUUGAUAUAAAAAAAACAGAACCUCCAUGCAUUUACUAUAAUGCUAUAAAAAGUUUAGUAUACAACUACUACGAUUCAUACGAAUAAAGAGAAGAAAACUUAUCUUAUUUCCAUAUAUUACCAAUUUGAAACAAAAAAAGAAUAAACACACCACACCCCCCUCCAACAUGUCACUUGUCCAUUUUGUUUAUUUAUGAAUUUGAUUUGUAUUUAUAAAUUAUUGUAAAUUUAAGUAUGUCUACUACUACUACUCACCUAAUGCAAAAUCCAGUCCAUUGUCAUCAGUUUUACUACGGCUAAGUGUAUCAAAUGUUUUGUAUUUUCAAUUUAUAAUAUUAUUGUCACAUUAACAUUUUUUUCAUGAAUUCAUAUCCAGUAUUUACUGUGCGCGCCCACAAUGCUGCCCAGCCACACCGAACGCCACAUUUACUACUUAAUUUCAAUUUGAAUACAUUUCAUUUUGGAGCAAAAACAAAAAAAUCAUUUAUUAUGUAUACAACUCGAUUCAAUAUCCAUUACAAAUAUUAAUGAAAAAAAGGAAGAAUAAAGAUAUACUGUUAGUUUUAGCCAAAA